GCGAUUCUAUCCGAGUCUCACUCGCUGCGUCAGCCUCUGGAUUGCAUGCUUGCAUUGCAGUGCUGUCGCUCGCCGUGAAUCCGAUCUCCGAAUGCUUGUUUGUAUUAGUCUUCAGUCUGAAUUAGGGUUAUCACGCGCAUUGAAGCCUUUGUGUGGGGUUUUAGGAAUUUGGGGUUUCGUAGAGGAAGAUAGCCAUGGCCACCAGGGCUCUGCGAGUAUUGCGUCGGCCUCUGUACUCCUCGUUAUGCCGAUUGCGCACAUUGUCGUUCAUGCCGCCUUCAUCCUCGACAAUUUUCAGUUCUCGAGAGUUGCCUCCUUCUUGGGUGUUGAAUCAGAGGCAGUCGCUGCAUAAGCUGACCACGCAGUCUACUUCCUUUGCCUCUUCGUUACGACAUUUCGCUUCAAGUCCAGGUGGAACUUCUGCAGUUAUUGAGGUGUCAACCGCGGAUGAAUACAAGAGGCUGCUGAAUGAAGCCAAAGAAGACAAAAAGCUCGCCGUGGUUUAUUUUACAGCCAAGUGGUGUGGCCCCUGUCGACACAUAUCUCCAGUGGUGAAUACCUUAAGUCAGGAGUUUGGUGAUGUCAAAUUUUUGAAAGUUGAUUUGGAUGAGCCAGAGCUUCAAAAGACUAUUGAAAUGGCGGGCAUUGCCGCUGUGCCCUCUUUUCAAUUCCACCUUAAGGGCAACAUGGUCUCAGGAUUCAGUGGAGCAGACUCGAAUAAGCUAAAAGACACGGUUCAGGAGCUUUUGGAGGAAGCCAAAGCUUAAGCAGAAUCCUGGUGUGUCAAACCUGCGUCCAGUGCUUACUCGUAGAAAAUAAUGGUCUUAAUAGGUGUUCACCUGAAGCUGUAGAUCGGUUUAUGUCUUUGUUGGUGGGUGCUGCAGACGUAAACCGGCACUUUGUCAUGAAGUGUAUGCAUCCUCAGAAGCAACUUUCAGUUCUGACGAGAUCUAAAAUCAGGCUACGGAAUCAUUUGUGCUUCCGAUUGGUCAACCUCUCUUAAGUGUUGCAUUUUCACUUUAUUUCUGAA